UAUUUGUUGACGUUUCAAAAGUACCAAACUAUGGUUUAAUAGCAAUAAAUGCUUUGACUUUGACUAAAUUACUAAAUCUAUGUAUGACAUUUUAGGCCAUAAAACGAUGCCCUGUGGCAUACCUUUCUUUUUAAGAAAAGAAGUGGGUUGUUCUUUUUGUUCUCUUUGUUUGUUCUAACAAUGAUCUCAUUAUAUGUUUCUAGAAUUAAUGUGCAUCUUUUGAUUAGAAUGGGAUGGAAACAAGAUGGCAGUGCAUUUAAAGAAAGGUAUUUACGUUGUGGCCGGUAAAAGGACACCUUUUGGAAAAAAUGGAGGAAUACUCCGUGAAGUAUUAGCUGAGGAUCUGUUCGCCACUGCGGCUGCCGCAGCUCUCAGGGCCAGCGAUAUAGCACCUGAUCUGAUAGACACCGUCAACAUCGGGCAAAUAAGUUCAUUAUCACAACAUGGAAUCUCUGGUCGACACGCAGCUCUAAAAGCAGGCAUCCCCGCAGACCGACCUGUUCUCAGUCUAAACCAGAUGUCUGGAUCAGCCUUCAGUGGUAUAAUUUGCAGUGCACAGGAAAUACUUCUAGGAGCAACUAAAAUAUCUCUUUGUGGUGGCAUGGAAACAUUAUCUUCAAUUCCUUUCCUCGUCCGCGACAUACGUUAUGGUGUACCAUCGGGAACGACCCCACAAUUCGAAGAUAAACUCCGCAUGAGUUUCUUAGAUUCUUACUGCAAUAUGUACCUAAUUGAAGCUGUUGAUGUUGUUGCUAAAAUGUAUGGGGUGACCAGAGAAGAGGCUGAUAAAUAUGCUCUGAGAUCGCAAAAGAGAUGGAAAGAUGCGGACUCAAAAGGCAUCUUUAAUGAAGAGCUAACUCCAGUUGUAAUAAAGGAAAAGGGUCGUGAAAUAAUUAUGACGAAGGAUGAGCACCCACAGCCCGAUAUCACAUUUGACGAGCUCAGUCAAUUGCCACCUUUGUUCAAAGAUGGUAUCGGUACAUCUGGUAAUUGCACCGGAGCAAAUGACGGCGCUUCUGCGGUAGUUUUAGCUAAUGAAGAAGCUUUAACAACCCAUAACUUAAAACCGUUGGCGCGAUUAGUGGGUUGGUCAACUGUAGGAAUAGAUCCAGUGAUGAUGGGAAUUGCGUCUAUUCCAGCUAUACAGUCACUUCUCAAGACUACAGGACUUUCUAUUGAUGACAUGGAUUUAUUUGAGAUACAUGAAACAUACGCCGCGACAGCAUUGAUUAUUGCUAGGGAGCUAGGCGUAGAUCACAACAAACUGAACCUCAAUGGUGGAGCAAUCUCCAUCGGUCACCCGUCAGGAGCAUCGGGGGGAAGAUUGUUAACGCAUCUCACGAAUGAGCUCAGGCGAAGGAACUUAAAGAGGGGAUUAACAGCAAUGUCCAUAGCUGGUGGGCAAGGCAUAGCCAUGAUCAUCGAGGCUGUUUAAAUUGCAGAUACAAAUAUGAAAGAAUAAAAAUACUAUGUGCCAAACAAAAAUUGCUGCCUAAACGAUUACCUAUUAAAUAUACAAAUAAAAAUCAUUUGAA